AUGCCUGCCGGUGCUCUGGAGUCGCGCCCAGAACGCGUUCGUCCUGUCAGGGGCUCUCUCCGUUCUUCGAGGCGAAGGGGCCAUCAAACUGCUAGGGAGUUGUUCUCGGAGGAUCCAAUUGAGGACACCGAGGGUUUUGACACUGGCUUAGACGAAUCCGAGGUUCCCGAGGUUCGAGUUCCUUCCCCCGGUCCUUCGCUGGAUGCCCCUGGCGAACCAAGAGAAUCCGGGCGCCCAGGACCGGUCCAUAGUCCGACCAUUGGACAAAUGGGGGCGCCGCUUCUGUCUCCGAGUAGCUCGCUUCUCUCGAAGCGUCAGCGGGAGGCAGCGGCCGAGAGUUCCCGAGCGGGGGCGGCUAAGAAGGCCCGCGGUGAUGAGACAGCAGAGACUGUCCGAGCGGUAGAAGGUCGGGAUAAUGUUCCCCAGGUAGGUAUCCCCGGAGCGGCGACGUCUGGGUCUGGAGCCGCGCUGCCCGCCUCUUCUGCCACAUCGGGGGCGAUUCCGGCGACUUCGAAGGACGCUCCUCCGCAAUCUAUCAUGAGACCACAGACGGGAGUUCCAGCGACUUCUGUGCCCGCAUCAGGAGGUGCGGUUGAGAAAGUGAUCUUCAUUCCUUCCGACGAAGAGGAGGAAGCUGGAGAUGAUGAGGGGCCCACAGGCUCAGCUGAUCCUAUCCGUGAAGUCACAGGUAAAGAGGAUCCUCACUCUUGGGCGAACCGCUCAUCUGGGGAGUCGGGCGAAUCUGAGGAGGAUGACAAUGUCUCGGUUCAUGAGGCAUUGUCCAGCGAGGAAGAGGAUUUGGCUCCUGAAGACGCGCCUGGCCAAAUAGGGGGAUCUCCUGCUCCUGCGGCAGCGUCGGCUGGGGAUCGUUCAUCGGCACGAGAGUCUCCGCUUCAACGGAAGGACUCUGCAGGUGACCACUUCUUCGUCGGCGGCGGCCGUUGA